UUUGUUUUAUCGCUUGUUCGCUCGUGUUUUUUUACUAUUUGUAAUUUGUUGCUUUCAAAUUUUCCCUACUUUGUCAAAACUGUACUUUGAUUAUUUUUUUUUCAAUUAAAUUUGAUUGAUAGAUAGGCCCCUAAGAUGAAGCGCCAUGGGGAUGGUCGCAGAGUUAAGAUCGACAGCAGGUUCAAAGAAAUGCUGACCAGCGAUAAUUUCAAAGUGACUUAUUCAGUGGACAGUAGAGGCCGGCCAUUGGCCAAAAAAUCCGAAUCUGGAGUAGAUAUUGAAAAGUACUACCAUCUAUCAGAUAGCGAUGAUGAUGGUAAUGAUAUCCAUGGCAGUAAUGAUGAUGAUGAUGAUGCUUCUGAAAGAGUUCCAAAGAUAAAAAAAUUAAAACGCGACGAUGUAGUAAAAAAAUCUCCAUUGAAGAUUAAAACACUGUCACCAAAGAAACCUAAUAUAAAGAACAAUGAUGAUAUUGAUGAUGAUGAUGAUGAUGAUGAUGAUGAUGACAGCUCUGAUGAUGAUGACAAAGCUCAUUCUAAUAGACUAAUCAAAGCUGAUUAUGACGACGAUGAUGACGACAAUAGUGAUAGUAGUAGUAACUCUAUAUCUCAUCCUUGGGGGGAGAUAGAUCGCGAGGCUGCAGUGAUGGAGAACCCGACGAGGCGAUUGGCUGUGUGUAAUAUGGAUUGGGAUCGAAUCAAAUCCGUCGAUUUGAUGGUUCUAUUUAGUUCCUUUAAACCAGAGGGUGGAAUUAUCAAGUCUAUAUCGAUCUAUCCGUCUGAUUUUGGUUUGGAAAGAAUGAAGGAAGAGGAGUGGAAAGGGCCGAAGGAGUUAACUGAGAAGUCGGAUAAAGUAAAAUUAUUGGAUGAAGCGUCAAGCGAGAAAUACUUCAAAGAGAAGUUACGUCUGUACCAGUUGAACCGACUCAAGUACUUCUACGCUGUCCUCGAGUGUGAUUCAGUAAGCACCGCAGAUGCCAUAUACAGCAACUGCAAUGCUAUGGAAUACGAAAGGAGUUCCACUGUUUUGGAUCUAAGGUUCAUUCCAGACGAUAUGACCUUUGAUGACCGUGACCCCACUUCGGUUUGCACCUCCUUGCCGCCAAAGGGUUCUUACAAACCGACUAUCUUUGUUAAUACUGCUCUGCACCAGAGUAAUGUCCAACUAACAUGGGACGAAACUCCCCAAGAGAGGCAAGCCGUCCUCAUGGCAGAUUUCACGAAGAAAGAACUGCAUGAUGACGAAAUUAAACAUUACCUGGCGUCUUCUUCAGAUGAAGAAGCUGCAGCUACUGAUGAUGAUGAUGAUGACGGUGCUACCGAUGACAAUGGUGGUUGUGAUGAUGAUGAUGCUACUGCUUCUACGACUGCAGCUGCCCGUGAGGAUGAUGAUGAUGACGAUGCUGGUGAUGAUGAUGAUGAUUUUUUCAUUGCCAGUAGCAAAUGUGAGGAGAGCCAGUGUGACGAGGUUAAUAAUAAAGCCAAGGGAAAGGACGGUAAUAAAAAUAAUAAUAAUAAUAAUAAGAAUAAUAACAAAAAUAAGAAUAACAUUGAAGGUGAGAGUAAUGGAAGGAAGAACAAGUUGAAUUCAAAUGUCAAUUUGUACGUGUCACUGUUGAAUGAGUUGAAUGAUGGAAAGCCAAACAGUAGGCGGAAAGAUGGCGACGACGACGACGAUGAUGAUGUUCAUAUGGAAGUGACUUGGGAGCCAGGUUUGAAAGAGGCAGCCGAAGUGAUGGUGAAAGAAAAUCAGAAGAGUAAGCUGACGAACUGGGAACAGUAUCUGGAGAAAAGGCGGGAAAAAAGAAAAUUAAGAAAAAAAUUUAAAAGAGAAGCGACCAGGAAACAGAAGAACAACGACGAUGACGAAGACGACAAUGUUACCAAAGAUUCUAAAAAUAAGCAGAAAAAGUCCAGAGAUAAAAAAUUGAAGAAGAAAAAUCAGCCGGUGAAAGAAAGAGAGCUUACUGAAUCUGAAAAAGCUGACUUGGAGCUAUUAAUGAUGGAUGUAGAUGGUGACGAUGGCGGUGACGUCAGCAGGAAUGGCGACGAUCCUAAAAUACGAAGUAAGAAAAAAUUGAAGAAAAUGAAAAAAAUGAAGGAAGACCAAGCGACUGAAGUAUCUGAUUCCAGAUUUUCGAAGAUUCACUCAGAUCCAAAAUUUUCCGACAAGGCUGAAAAAAGGAAAAAAGAAAAACCCAAAUAUUAAUUAUUUAGUAGAAAUACUUAUUAUUAUUAUUUUUUUUUCUUGUUAUUCUUAUUAUCAUUUUGUAUUUUUAUUAUUCUCAUUGUUAGAGUGACAAUUAACUUUUCUUCCAUGCCCUCUUGCAAAAUCUCCCCCACAGAUAUGUUGGUAUAAGAAUUUGCACUAUAGUAACUAUGAACUGUAGUAACCAUGAAUAUGAAAUAAGUUUCGAAUGAAUAUUUAAUUAACCUUACUUUGUAAAAAAAUUCAAUAAAAUUCUUUCCUA